GUGACGUGGGUGCGCAAUGGCCUCUAACGACAGCGUGGCUAACAAACAUGCAGAAACUUAUUUCCUCAAGUAUACAGUGAAUCAACUAUGCAAAAAUAAUAUCGUGUUGAAUAGGCACUACGAAGAGGAAUUGUUAGAUCUAAAGAAAUCUGCACCCGAUGGAGAUCACGAUGGGUCGACGAAUUGCCAUCAGAUAGAUACAUGCAGAGAAAAAAUUGAACGACUCUCUACCAACUCAAAACUGUUGAAUUUUGCGACAUCCGAAAUCCAGUUACUCAAACACGUGCAGGAGUAUAUGGAACUUCUGGAAAUCUGUAUUGACAAGACCGAGUUGCGCUACAACCGCCUAAAAGAAGAACAUGACUGGCUAGAAGAAGAGUUGGAACAUUUUGAGAGAUUGUGCGAAAAGGAGUCACAAAAAUGUGAAGUUCUGAAGAAGAAGAUUGCCCAUUCUGCUUUUAUAUAUAACCAGCGUCGAAGCUGGAAUGAUCAUUGUUUGCCCGUGGAAUUAUGUGGUCUUCCGAGAGAGGUCACGUCAGAGCAGGGUCACUGCAAUCAGAUUGAGAAGACCCUCACUCACAUGAGACCGAAGCUCCCUGAACUUAAUCACAUUCGGUCCGAUUUUUCCGAUCUCCUUCGAAAUGCUAAUUUUGAUGAUGACAGACUUGUGAGUGUUGUCAACGACAAUGACGAUCAAUUGAAUACUCAAUCUGGUAAGAUUCCCGACUGUUGUAUACAAAAGCAUGAUAUGAUUGGGAUUACUGAAAUUCACCCAACGAUGGCGUUACAUAACAAUUCAAAUGAAAACGCAUCGAACAGCACAAAGCUUUCACUCACACAGCUGAAAAGCUUGAUGCUUGGGGACAAUAGCAAAGAAUCGAAGAGAGCGGCGAAAUGUGAUGUGACGUCAACCAAAUCGAAGCCAAAAGUACUGACGUUGAGAGAAAAGAGUUCGAGACCCUCAAGCGACACUGGUUCUGAUUGGAAGGUGAGCGAGUUACAAAAGGAUGUCAUGAAUCAGUGCAUGAAGAUUCUGAAAACCUUAAUACCGGAGUGUCAGUCUCCCAAAGGUGAAGAGCGGGAGGAAACACUGGUUGAACUAAUCGAAGCUUUUGUCCGUCACUCAUGUCGCACAAACAGACUCGGCGAUUUUAUCCAGCUUAUCCAUCAAUUCAAUCAUAAGGAAUCUCGUAGCCCUGGCAUAUGCCUCUGUUGGCUCGCGAUAACUGGACUAAAAAACUAUGAAAAGGAACUGCGAAAAGGCAAGCCAACAGUGACUAAACGUUCAGCUAUGCGAACAAAACCAGACAAGCCAAAGCCAAUCGCAGCUGAACCAGACAGUGUACCGGAUAAGGAGGUAUACCGAAACGUAGUGGCCGAUCUCUGUCGUCUCUUAAACCUGUUGGCAUUCUUAUACAAAUCAAGGAAUGACCUGACUAAAUCCGCCGAAUGUUUUAAGGAACUGCUGAAAAUACGACGUAUUACCCAAAGUUGGAGGGACAUAUCGGUCGCAAUAGCCCUACAGAACCUUUCAUCAGUUCAGACUGCUUUGAAAGAUUUCAGCUUAGCUAUUACGAAUGCACGAAAAGCGUUGCAACUCCGUCGCGAUUUGCUUGCAAAUGACCCGACAUUGAUCGAUCAAACAGGGGCUCAACUGGGGAUGGCCAAACAAAUGACCUACCUCGCACUUUUGAUAAUGAAUAAACAGCAAACGGAGCAACGAAGACUACGCUACCAACGUUUCCCUUUCAAAGACGCGGCUGAUCUUCCGGGGUUGUUGAAUGAGGCGAUUGGAAUUGUGACAAACCUAACUGAGGUCUACACCAAUAGUUUGGGCUUAAUCAAUGACGACUGGGAUGUGAGCAAUGCCGAUGCGAAACCGUCCAACGUGGGUGACAGCGAAGAUAACAGCCCGGAACCACAACAGUUCAGAUUAAAUUCGACUGAUGAGUGCUCAAUGAUCGCACGAAACGCACUGGCUAUUUACCAUAUAUGUACAAAGAAAUGGAAUAAGGCAUUCCGUCUGUUAAUGAACAAUUUGCAACACAUGGACCAAGUUCUUCCUGAUGAGAGGUUGGAUCAAGUGACCAAGUCGCAUCGAUUGGCAACAAAGACAAUAAAACUGACCUGCCUAAAGUGUCUUGUUUACGUCUGCAAAAUGCUUGACGACUGUCCUUUGCAAGAGGACAUGAUUUGUCGUAUUGCCAAACUGGAUCGAUAUUAUCGCAGAGGUGACGAACUGGUGGAAGAUGACAUGAUACGAAUGUGCCUUCAAUCAUUGGUAAAUUACGUUUAAAUGAUUUGUCGUAUUGCCAAACUGGAUCGAUAUUAUCGCAGAGGUGACGAACUGGUGGAAGAUGACAUGAUACGAAUGUGCCUUCAAUCAUUGGUAAAUUACGUUUAAGGUUUCGGUUUUUCACCCGAAAGUCUAUAGUCGUGUGAUUUGGGGCUGUACUGCGGUAUUUGAUUUGUAACAUUUAUUUACUGAUGUAGUUUUAUUU